AUGAAUAUAUCUACAAAUAGUUUGAAACACGAACUACGUAAAAUGUACCUUCGUUUUACGCAUAUUGACAUAAAACAGAAACAAAUGCCACAGUGGAUAAAACCAGUUGGUCAUCCCACAAAAAUUGAAGUGUACAAUCCAAUAACAAAAUGUACAGUACCGUUAAUUUUAAGAAACAAAGAUUAUUUGACUUGGUACGUAUGUGGUCCAACUGUCUAUGAUUCUGCACAUAUUGGACAUGCAGCGACUUAUGUGAAAACAGAUAUCAUCAGAAGAAUAUUAUCAGACCAUUUUAAUAUAAACGUUGUAAUGGCCAUGUGUAUAACAGACAUAGACGAUAAAAUAAUAAACCAGUCAAAGAUAAAAAGUGAAAGUUUCAGUAACUUAGCACAGCACUAUGAGAAAGAAUUUAUCGAAGAUAUGAAAAUGUUGAAUGUAGCUAAACCCCAUUUGUACUGUAGAGUUACUGACUUCAUACCACAAAUUAUUCAAUUUAUAAAUAAUAUUGUGAACAAAGAGAAAGCGUAUGUUGGGAAAGAUGGAUCAAUAUACUUUGAUGUAAGCAAACAUAACAUGUACGGCAAAUUAUCAACUCCAAGCCCAGAUAGCAGCCAUCCCAACAAAAAAUCGGCGUUAGAUUUUACUCUGUGGAAGGCAGCUAAAGAAGGGGAACCAUAUUGGGAGUCCCCAUGGGGUAACGGAAGGCCAGGAUGGCACAUAGAAUGUAGUACAAUUGCAAGCACAGUUUUUGGAAAUUCUAUAGAUAUGCAUAGUGGUGGAAUCGAUCUUGCCUUUCCACAUCAUGAAAAUGAAGAAGCACAAUCGUGUUCUUAUCACAAAGUGGAUCAAUGGGUAAACUACUGGAUACACUGCGGGCAUUUAUCCUUAGAAAAUGUUAAAAUGUCGAAAAGUUUACAAAAUACCAUCGGUAUACGAAAAUUUCUUGAAAAGUAUACUGCAAAACAGUUCAGAAUGCUUUGCUUACUUACAAAUUAUAGGAAUGAAAUUCACUUUUCCGACGAUAUAAUGGACAAUGCAGUAAAUUUACUAAAGAAAAUUGAACACUUCCUUAGUAAUUGUGAUAAUUACGUUGCUGGAAAAUGGAUUAGUGGAAAUGUCGACGAAGUUACGCUGCUUCGCUGUUUAGAUGAAACGAAAAAUAAUGUUGAUACAGCUUUAGCAAAUAAUUUUAAUACCGCACAGGCAAUGCAGUCAAUCUUGAACCUAAUUGAUACAGGAAAUAAAAUGUUACACAGCCCUUCUGGGUCUCUUCCAAACAAAAAUAUACCUGCCAUAAGUGUAGUAUCAAAUUAUGUAUCUACAAUGUUGUUAAAACUUGGAAUUGGACAAUUUGAAGUAGCAGAUGAAUAUAACAAUAAUAAUAUCAUUGAAUACUUUGUCAAAUUCAGAAGGGCAGUUCGAAAGAGAGCCACAGAACAAAAUGUUUUCGAUAAAGUUUUACUUACCGCGUGUGACGAAGCACGAACGGAUCUUUCCACGUGUGGAGUGAUUAUAAAGGAUAGCAAGACUGAAACUGUAUGGAGUUUAAAAAAAUACUGAAUUGAAUUUACCGAAAGUAAUUUACAUUGUAAAUGAACAUUU